AUUUGGACGUAUCAUUCAGCCAAACUUCACCCGAACCAGGCUCCACCCCUCGAGACGCCUGCUCCAAGCAGCAGCAGACCAAAGUUCUCUACGAAGUCCCGCAAAAGAGAGAGAAGACGAACGGAGCCAGAGAGCACAGCGCUCGUACUUGGAAAGCGAAGAGACUUGAAGAGGGGCAAGAGACUGGAAUAGAAGAGGCCUUUGGGAUGGCUCGCAAGAAGGGAGGAGACGAGCCCGCGGGAGAGAGCUCGACGCCUGCUUCUUCUCUGUGCGACGCGCUGCUCUUCACCACCUUAUGCAUCGUCGGCCUCCCCGUCGACGUCCUCGUCAAGGACGGCUCUGUCUAUUCUGGCGUCUUCCACACCGCCUGCCUCCAGGACGGCUACGGUGUUGUAUUGAAGAAAGCAAGGAAGAUAGGGAAAGGGAAGUGCGAUGCAAGUUUACCGACAGGAGCUGUUAUAGAUACUCUUGUUGUGCUGUCCGCUGACCUUGCUGAAAUUGUUGUCAAGGAUUUUCUACUGCCCGCAGAAGGAAUUGUUGGUAGUGUUGUUGAUGAUGGUGUGGAGGUGGCUUCCAGGGACAUUGAGUCCCGAGCUUGUGCUGGGGAGCUGGAAAGGGGCGCAGACAUAAUGAGAUCUGACAGUGUUAUUCCCAUUGCGAUGAUGGACCGCAUUGAAGGAAAGGAAUCUCUUUCUAGUCCUGAGGAUGCAAUAGAAGUCAGAGAAGUUCUAGCAAAGCCUUUGGAAAGACAUGGAAAUCAAGAAAAUAUAUGCCUGGAAAAUUUACAGGUUGAAGAACCAUAUCUUAUGCCAAUUGUUUCCGUUCAUGCCAGACGGGUCACCGAAUGCAGAGGACAAGGGAAAAGGGAUUGUAAUCAUAUGGAUGAGAUAAUGCAUGACAGGUGUUGUGACUGUUGUCUGAGUCCUAGUUAUGCAGUGGGAUGUGGUUGUCUUGCUACUAUCCCUUCCUGGAAGGGAGCCACUGAGAGUGAAGAUCCUGCUUGUACAAGUUCUCCAUCAUCAUAUGCUAAUACUUCAGCUAUUUCCACUUCUUUCGCUUCAGUUUCAGAUGAUAAAGCCUCUUCAUACCUCCAUCAAUCAGAAUCUACGAUUUUGUCAGUAUCUAAAAAGAACACAUUUGGCACCAUUAGUGCCAAGAAAAUCUUGCAGGAGUCCAAGCUCAAUCCAAGUGCAAAAGUUUUUUCACCAUCAUUUGCAAAUUCUAGAUCAACAUCCACUACUGCAACACCUGUUGUAAGCCCCAUCUAUAUGCCGACCAGCCUUCCUGCUAGGCCUAUUGCUGGUGUACAAUCCGGAAUUGAGAUUAGCCCUUUUGCAAGCCUUUCAUCUAUGCCCAGUAAAUUUGUCCCUUACAACAGCCUAGUUGCUGGACAUGGUGGAAUUGGUGCUCAAUAUCCUCGAUCUGUUAUGGGGCAUGCUAGUGCUAGGCAACAACCUGCUAGAUUUGGUGCCGAAAAUCAUCCUGUUCAGACAAGACCAUAUGUAAAUCCAAAUCCUCAAACGGUAAUGGUUGGACGGAUGGGUCAGCUUGUGUUUGUUAAUCCGAUUAUUCAGGAUCCAAUUCAAGGACCACAGAUUAUCUCACAAGGAGUCCCACACUCUUUGUUAACUUCAUAUCAAGCAAAUAUGCCUAAGCUUCAAGGUACUGCAGCCCCGCCAUUGCAGCUCUGCAUGACUCCACAUCUUGUAUCUGGCAGUAACCAACCUUUGAUGAUUCCGAGCAACAUUCCCUUCACACAGCCUUUCCCUGCCAUCCGACCCAUUAUGGUCCCAAGUGGAAAUGGUAUCUUCACCGGCAGGUUGCACUAAAUUUGCAGCCAAAGGUCUCAAUUUUGACAAAAAGGUCAUACAGUUUGUGUUAGAUUUACAUUGCCACCUUAUCCACUCUAUAUACGUUGGUAUGAUGUGAGAUUUUGACUUUGGAAACUGUGAGCAGGGUUCCAGUUUUAAAAAGAUAAAAAGUAACAAGCACGUGCUUCAAUUUUUUAUUUUCUGAUAUUCUUUAAUGAGUGAACCGUAUUUGAAAUGGAAUUUUUGCACCAUCCUAGUGAUUAUGAAUGGAGUUCAAUCACCUUAAGAGGCAUUGAGUUCAA